AUGGAAAAGACAGAUGACAUUCAGAGCUGCAGGGAUAAGCAUGAAGAGGACAUCCCGAAGAGCUCCCCAUUUGGCUUUGUUAUAAAACAAUUCCAAGGGAAGAGUUCCUCUUCUGGAAAAAGAGAAGAGCAGCCUUCAGCCAUCAGAAAAUUCUUCAGGGGCUUUGACAUUGGGAAAUCUGAGGGCAAGGACAGAAGUGAAAUCAAAGAAACAGAAAUAGACAACUCUGGAACUGAUGAUCAGAAUGAGAAGCAAGAUCUCCCUGUAGAAGAUGGACUUUCACAUCUUAUUUCUGAAGCAGAGUCACCAUCUGGUGAGCAGAGAUUUAACCAAUUCAUGCAGAAACUGGGCAAGAAACACAGUAGGAAGAAUCUGGAUCUAAAUAACUGUGCACUAAGUGCAGCAGAUGUAACAGAGCUGGCUUCUUUACUGCCAUUUCUCCGAGAGCUGGAAGAGAUCAGCCUGUCUUGGAAUGGUUGUGUUGGUGGGACUUUGAAAGCUCUCACUGUUCAUCUUCAUCAAGUGAACCUGUUAAAAGUCCUUCGACUUAACAACUGCAGGCUGACAGCUGAGGAUGUCAUCUCCUUAGGAGAGGCAUCUGAAAUCAUUUCUCAACUUGAAGAACUGGAUUUAUCAUGGAACAGUAACAUAGGUGGAAGACUGUCACUCCUGACAAAGAAACUCCAGAAAGAAUGCAAGUUAAAACUUCUGAAAAUUACAGACUGUAACCUGACAGCAAAGGAUGGAGAAUCCCUUGCUGAAAUUCUGACUGUGAUCCCAAACCUCGAGGUAUUAGAUCUCUCUAUCAACACACAGAUCGGCUCCAGCAUGAAAGCUAUUGCUCAGGAUCUGAAACACGUGCCAGGCUUGAAAGAGUUAAACUUGCACAUGUGUGGAUUAAAGCACGACAGCCUCCAGGGCUUAGAUGCUGCUUUACAGCACCUUGCAGUGCUAAGAAAGUUAGACAUAUCAUAUAAUAAAGAGAUUGGUGGUGGCUUUAAAGACUUGACUGCUCAUCUGGCCAGCUUGAAAAAUCUGGAAGUCCUUGAUCUCCACCGGUGCUGUCUAACAGAAGAGGAUGUGACUGUUCUGUCCCAGGUGAUACCUUUACUCUCCAAUCUUCAAGAGCUGAAUUUAUCUUCGAAUAAAAAUGUAGGAGUCUCACCUGAGCCUCUUCUGGGCAGGCUCAGGUUUUUACCGAAGCUGAGAUCUUUGGCCAUCAGCAACUGUGAUUUAGGUGAAGAGUCAUUUUCAUCACUAGCUGAGGCUGCCCUUCACCUUCCUGAACUGGAGAUAUUAGACCUAUCUUGGAAUAAGUGCGUUGGUGGGAACCUAAAGCUGCUUUUGGGAGCACUAAAGCUUGCAACGGAGAUUCAAGUGUUAAGACUGAGCAGCUGUAACUUGGUGGCUGAAGAUUUGACGCUUCUAACGCUACUGGCGCAGGACGGCCACCUAGCCAGAUUGCGGGAGCUGGAUGUGAGCUAUAACAACAACAUCUCUGAUGAAGGGUGGGUCCUCUUCUGUCAAGGCUUAGCAGCAUUCAAAGAACUCUCAGAGCUGGAUGUCAGCCUUCGACCGUCAUCCUGCCGUGACUGUGGGACAUGGUUCAGCGAGCUGCUAGCAGCCCUGACACAGCUGCCUGCCUUGGCAGAGCUGGGGAUGCAGAGGUGGCUCCUUUCAGAGUCGCAGCAGAAACAACUGGAGAGCUUUAAUCAAGGCAGCAAAAGAAACAUUCGUUUUGACUGCUGA